CAAUAAUCUAAAGCAUUCAACGUGAGCACAACGCCUUCUUUCAUCUCCAACAAAACUGUUUUAUCAAUUUUUUUUCUUUACCACCCUCAUGACAUAGUGAUUCGUGUUCGCCUUUUUCUGUAUAUCGCCGUUACAUGCUGUAUAGGAUACACGCUUUCACCCGCAGCGGCUCCGUAUUCUUGGAGUGAGGAGUUGCGAGAUUAAUACCGUGAAAUAAGUGUUUGCUCGGCCUUCCUUUUUUUCAUUUUUCGUUUGUUAUUUUUUCUGCGUUUUUGUGAUGCGCUUUCUUUGAAAAGAAAAAAAAAUCAAAACAAAUAAAAUAAAACAAUAGAAGGAGUUUCAAAAACGUGAAAAAAUUCAUUAUAUUCCAAUUUUCAAUGUCGCUCGCCAUUCGAUAAAAAAGUUUCUGUUGUUUUGUUUCAUAAAAAUUUCAUGAAAAUGGUUUCAGAAACAUCGAUUCAGUCAUUUAAUCUCUCAUUCUCUUAGAUUGAUAUUGAAAACCAUAUCAUGUCGUCAAAACAUGAUCACUUUUUUCACGUGAUACAUGUUUUUCUGUUUUCUUUUCCAAUUGAAAAAAAAAGCAUAAUUUAUUGAAAAAUUUCCAUUUCAGUUCCAUUGUGUUGUCGAAAAAAUUUGAAUAACCCGUUCAUGUUUACUAAGAUCGCGGUUCACGCUCAAUUGUCGCUACCUAGCAUGGAUCUUGGAAAAAUGUGAAGCAUACGUUACGUUGACAAUCAUCAGUGCAACGGUGUAUUUUUCACGUGUAUUGCAAUAAUUAUCAAAGUUUUCCAUUCUCUGACUGAAGUGCAUUUUGAACAAUUGCAAACAGCAUUACGCCAAAAUGCUUGCGACACAGAAAGCGAAAAAAAACGCGGAACGAAGUUCUGCAACUGCAAAUCACGUUUUCAUCACUCGCAUCGAACUCCUACGAUAUUCCGAUUGCUUUUUUUCCACUUAUUUAAGCUUAACUUUGCCAUUAUUAAAAACCUACGACGGUUCAGAUGUCAGCCAAUUGCUUUGGUGUUGCUUUAUUUGUUUUGAAUUCGAUUCAUCGAAUGUAUGCCGAAUCGCACGUUCAUGUUCAUGUAAUACGUUCCUUUUGUCAAUUCAUAAAUAUGUCUCUCGCAACGUGCACAAGUCAAAUAAACAAAAUCGAAAUGUGUGAUAAAAACACAUUUUCAGAAUAUUAUCGCGGAAUUUCUCUUUGUAAUGCCACCACGUGAAAGUAAAUAUAUGAAUUUGUAAUAUGUCGAACCAGUUUCAUCGGGAACAUUCAUUUGUGUCCUCCUAAUCGCAAAAAAAUAGCGAAUACAAGCCGAUAUUGUUCAUUACACAUCGCACACAGAACGAAGUGAAUGUACAUAUGAACAAUUUUCCAUAAUUUAAACACUCGGGCUGUUUAUCACCAAUAAUCAUUGAGAACUAAAAAGUCAUUUGUCACGAUUUGCUCAAUUCACAUUUGACCUACUGAUAGAAAAUAUCAUAUCAGGCACGUUUGCUCUUUGAACGACCACACCUAAUCUUUCAAAUGAUAACAAAUAUGAUGUGUGAUCGUCGAAUCGAAAUAUUUACAUCGUUUGCUUGAUAAAUGACGGCAAUGUUUUUUUUUCCGAGAAGAAGAUGUUCGGGGCUUUCGCUCUUUGCUUUUCAUCAUCAAAUAAUAUUGCCUAGCUUGACACAAAUCUACACAAAUCAAUUUAGUUUAAAAUUAACAAAAUUGACUUCAAUUCUAAUCCAUUCCUUUUAUUUCUCGGUCAUUUGGAGGGAAAUCACUGAGAUUUAACGUCAAUCAAAAUUCAAAUUGCAGCAUAGAUUUGGUGGAAUCAGUGAAACAAUUCCGAUUCUUCAAAACAGUUCGUAACAAAUCAUUAAUUUACAAAGUGUUAGCUUGAUGAAGUUUACACAGUCAAGUUGCAACUUGAUAUUCAGUUAUAUUCAAUUUCAAGUAUACAAAGACAAGUUCAUUGUUCAGUGUCUGGGGCAGAAUGAAAUUAAUUAAUACUUCCAAUUAAAAGGUUAUACGUCACAUAAGCGUUAAAUUGAAAAUAUUUCAAUUGAAACUGCUUACAACCGCAUGACGAAUAUCACUUGAGUCGUAAGCCCCGAGGGAACCAAACUAUUUUUGAUAAGCAUUCAACAUGUCAUCGCUCGCGUCGAAUGUUGUAUUCCACACCAAAAGUUUCAUUCAUAUAGCGUUGAGUCAAACGAUCACCGGACAAAGAAAUUUAGGUACUUUAACUGACCUGAAUCUAAGAAAUAAUUGUUACGAUAGAGAUUGAGAGAGAGAGAGAGAGAUUAAGUGAUGGAAGAGAAAAAAAUUGUAUUUGCUACACUUUGCGUCACAAUAAUUUCAUAAUAAUUUGUGUGAGGCAAAAAUAAAUGGGAUUGAAUACAAAAGUGAAGUAUUCAUGUUCAGCAGAAAAGAUAGGACAAUUUUUUCGCAUAGUUAGCGGAGAAAAAAAACUUGUACAAAUCUAUUCAAUUCAAGUGGACUUGAUUGAGCAAGAUAACGUAGUGCAUCACAAUUGGAUAGUCCAUUUUUAUUGAGACACAAAUUAUAACAGCUUGACCGUUUUAUUCGUUCAAGCGUUUGGACUCUAUCUCGAUUCUCAAAUUGGACAUUGAAUACAGAGAGAGAAAGAGGAACAAACACGAAAAUCGUACAACAGAAAAUUACGGAGCGGUGACGUGACGUCCAAGUGGAUACUGAAUAAUUUCUUCCAAUUAAAAACUCAACUGAAUUCAAAAUGUCAAGACUCCGAUUGUGCACAAUUUUUUUACUCAGCAUCGUAUCAAAUUAUAUUGGCAUUGUUAGUUCGGUUAGUCGGUUUGACGAUAAAACGGACACACCAAUAAUUGGUGUACUUGCCCAGGAGAUAUCAUGGCGUUUAGAUCAGAUAUGGCCAGGGGUUUACGAGAGUUAUAUAGCCGCAUCGUACAUCAAAUUUGUUGAGGGUGGAGGAGCUCGCACGGUACCCAUAUGGAUCGGCAAACCGAGAUCAUACUAUGAGACCGUGCUGAAAAAAUUGAAUGGAGUGCUAUUGCCCGGUGGGGGGACCUGGUUCAAUCAAAGUCAUGGCUAUGCAGUGGCUGGAUCACACAUUUAUGACAUUGCACAAGAAAUGAAUGACAAUGGCAUAUAUUUUCCAUUGUUUGGGACAUGUCUCGGUUUUGAGCUAUUGUUAUACGUGUCGAACGAAAAUCAAGAGUAUCGCACCUAUUGUUCAUCUCAGAAGCAGUCACUACCGUUGGAUUUCAACAAAGAUUUCCAAAAUAGUCGCCUGUUUGGCACAGCACCUGAAUCAAUCAUUGAUAUUUUGAAAAACGAAGCGGUCACACCGAAUUUUCAUUCCUAUUGCGUCACAAAAGAGAACAUGACGCAAUUUGGCUUAGACAAGAAAUGGGAUACGCUUUCAACUAAUCGAGAUUUCAAAGGUUUAGAAUUCAUUUCAACCAUUGAACAUAAACGUUAUCCAUUUUAUGGUGUUCAAUUUCACCCUGAGAAAGUUCUUUACGAAUGGAUUCGUAAUCGUAACAUUUCACACACGGAAGGUGCUGUUGCAAGUGCACAAUAUUUUGCUCAAUUUUUCGUCAACGAAUGCCGCAAAAAUGAUAAUCGAUUCGAUAGCAUUGAUGAAGAGAAUCAAAUGCUAAUUUACAAUUUUCCAUGCACAUUUACGGGCCGACUCAAUUCCACAUUCGAGCAAAGCUAUCUAUUCGAACGGGAUAUAGACUAUGGCAGAGGCAACGGUGAAAAUGAAGAUAUUACAGUUGUUUUGGUUUGAAUUAACUCUCACUGUUUCAUUUGGAUGCAAAACAGAUAUUUUUUAUACAAUAUUAAGCAUGAGAUUUAAUGGAAUGUAUGGCUUGCAUACUACUUUUCUAUUCCCGAAUAAUUGUCAAGUUGAUUCUAUUGAUAUGACAUAUUCUAGUACCAAUUGGUUCCCUUAAAAUAUUAUACCUACCAAAUAGAAUGCCACUGGCGAACAAACGCUGUAUGGUCCAGAAUUAUAAUAAUAAAAACCAUUUGCAGACAUUCUA